ACGCCAGAUGUUGGAGUUGUUGGUGGAUCAUAUCGUAACCUCUCUGGUCACUGGAAAGCGGGCUACAUGCAAACUACACUGAAAAACUUUGUUGUGGAAUACCAGGAAGGCUAUUAUCACUCCAAAAAUGGGUGUAUGAUCUGUAAUUAUCUGCAGGGUCCUUUCGUAACCAAGACAAAUCUCUUGAAGUUUGACGAGAGUCUCCCAAAUGAAGCGGUUUUUGAAGACUGGUUUCUGCGUGUUGUUGAAGAUGGUAAACUGAUAAUGACAUGUCCAGAUGCUAUGUAUUUCACUACAGACUACACUGCAUAUCCCAAAACAACUGACAGAAAAGUGUGGACUCCUUUGGCUAAAAAGUGGGAGCUUAACCGGGUUUUACUUCCCCAUGGCAUCAAACAGUCAUUUUCUUGUCAGGAUAUUGGUUUCACAUGCAAUGCCCAUAGCGAGUUACUCCCAGUCUGCUGUCAGGAGGAAUAUGCCGAUGCGUUGACUUUUUUCCAGAAGUUUACUGAUGAACACAAUGUUACAUUUGAGAUUGACACUGGUUCUACGUUAGGUGGUGUUAAGUUCAAUGACCUUCUCCCAUGGGAUUUGGAUGGUGAUUUCAUUGUUUUGUCCACAGAUAUUGAUAUCUUUCACAAAAGUGAAACAAUCGAGUAUUUCCAAAAAAAUGGUUACGCCCUAAGUGGUUAUACACCACCUAAGUAUAACUCCCAAAUGGGAAAACUUGUAAAUGGGUAUUUCAAAGUUGUUUUCAAUGGAUUUUACAUCGACGUUUGGGGGAUGUGGGAUGUGACAAAUACUCAAUAUCUUCCACCGGAGCUACGAAGGAAAGAAACUUUCACCAAGGCAAACAUAAGAGGUAAUUGGAUUUACACAGCAUUCAGUCCUGGUUUGUUUGCAAGGAACCGGUAUGGAAGAGAAAUCCUAAAACAUUCGCAGUCAUGGAUCAAAACAGGAUUAGCAAACAGUUAUGCUGACGAGAAACCUGGCAAGUUUCAGCCUUGUCAGAAACCAAAACAUCAUGCAUGCUUGCAGAAUUUCCCAGGUGAUGGUGACCUUCCAAUUUUGGUCGACUAGCAAAGCUUUCAGUCAGAAGGGCAAGACCUGCGCCCAUGAGCAUGCAGCGCUGCUUCACUACAUGUUAUAACAUCUUGCAUUAUAACAGUCAACAGCAAGUGCACCAUGCACUGGGCAUGUGGGAAGUAACUUCUGAUGUUUACAGUAACAUAACUAAAAUAGUGACUGGCUGGAAAAGAAGCAUAGAGAAUAAACCACACAUGUUUGUGUGGUUGGUCCAGACUAUUUAUAGGAAGGUCAAAGAGGUUGCCAUGUUUGGUUUAGAACUUGGACAGUUGCAAUGCAA